CACAAGUCUGUUUUUGGUCGACAAAACAAUCAAAUGAAAGUGAAACAGGAGCGGUUUGAUUUUCUUACGAGCGUUUUGUCGACCAAAAACAGACCAAAAACAGACCAAAAACAAUCAAAUGAAAGUGAUUGUCGACCAAAAUCAAAAUCAAAGCCCAAACUUACGAGCGUUUUAAUUGUUGGGUUUUGAUUUUGAUUUUGAUUUUUUGCUUCUUUGAUUGAUUAGAUGUUGGGGCAAUCCUUGUGGAAGACACGACCUGCACUUUGGAGCUUUUCAAAGUUCUCUCCUAUUGCCAGAAAAGAGAUGCACUAUGCUCUUGACCAAUUAGCAUCUAGUUCAUCAGAUGAGGAAGAAAUCAUUGGUACCCCAAAUAUGAAUCAUUUCGUUAACCGGGUCUUUGAAUUACAUAGAGUUGAAGUUGUUGAAACUUUGAAUACUUUGAGAGAACAACCUGAUAAGGCUUUUUCAUUUUUUAAUCGAUUUAAAGAAGAUGGGUUUUCUCAUGAUGUUUGUACAUAUGCAUCUAUUAUAAGAAUAUUGUGUCAGUGCUGUUGGGAAAGGAAAUUGGAUUCGGUGUUGUUGGAAAUCAUUUGGAGAGAGAAGCAUUUAGGUUUUAAAGUCAUGGAUUUGUUUGAAAUUCUUGAAGAGGGGCUUGAGGGAGAAGAUUCAAACCUUUUGGUUCGAUUGUCCAAUGCAUUGGUGAAGGCAUAUGUUAGUGUUGAAAUGUUUGAUGAAGUUAUUGAUAUCUUGUUUCAAACUCGAAGGUGGGGAUUUAUUCCACAUAUAUUCUCUUGUAAUUUUCUUAUGAAUCGUUUGAUUUGUUGUGGGAAAGUGGAUAUGGCUAUAGCUGUUUAUCAUCAGUUGAAGAGACUUGGGUUGAAGGCAAAUGAUUACACUUAUGGCAUUAUGAUUAAGGCAUUUUGCAGGAAGGGCAAUUUCGAGAAAGCUGUUGGCAUUUUUGACGAGAUGUAUGAAGUGAGAGUUAGGCCGAAUGCUGUUGCUUACACAACUUAUAUUGAAGGGCUUUGUAUGCAUGGAAGAACAGAGCUUGGUUAUGAAGUUCUUAAAGAGUCGAGGGAGUUAAAGAUUCCUCUUGAUGAUGCCUUUGCUUAUUAUGUUGUGAUUAAGGGCUUCUGCGAUGAGAUGAAAUUGGAAGAAGCGGCAGAUGUUUUAUUUGAGGCUGAAUUGUAUGGUAUUGUUCUUGAUACGUUUCCUUAUGGUGCUUUGAUAAGAGGAUACUGCAAAUGCGGUAAUAUAGACAGAGCUUUGGAGGUUCAUGAUAAAAUGAUGUCAAACGGUAUCAAAACGAACUGUGUGAUUUUGACCUCCAUUCUUCAAAGCCUGUGUCAAAUGGGCCGGGAUUUUGAAGCUGUAAAUCAAUUUAAGAAGUUUAGGAACUUCGGGAUAUUUCUUGAUGAGGUUUGUUAUAAUGUAGUGGCUGAUGCUCUCUGCAAGGCAGGUAAAGUGGAAGCAGCUGUAGAAUUACUUGAUGAGAUGAAGGGUAAACAGAUUUCUCCUGAUAUUAUUAACUAUACCACUUUAAUCAAUGGAUAUUGUCUUCAAGGUAAAGUUGAAGAUGCAGUGAACUUGUUCGAGGAGAUGUCGGAGAAUGGUCACAAGCCUGAUAUUGUUUCUUGGAAUGUACUUGUAUCUUAUACGGUCUUGAUUAACAGCCAUUUGAAACUAAAUUUGAAAUCUCUUUCCAGUCCUGAUGCACCACAAAACAAAGACAAGAAGAUAAUGGAUGCUUCAACUUUUUGGAAGGAAAUGAAGGGCAAGGGAAUAGAACCUGAUGUUGUUUGCUAUACGGUUUUGAUUGAUCACUACUGUAGGACAAACAAUAUUUGGGAUGCAAUUAGGAUAUUCGAUCAAAUGAUUGAUACAGGAUUAGAACCAGAUAAUGUGACAUAUAUGACUCUUAUAUCUGGCUAUUGUAAAGGAGGAUAUUUAACAAUGGCUUUAAAUCUUUUUGAAGAAAUGUAUAGGAGGGGCAUACAGCCAGAUAUGCGUACCAUUUCAACUGUUGACCAUUGUAAGAGAGUUGUGAGAAGUAAGUACUUUUGAGAUUCAAGUGGUGAUUUAUCUAAAGCAUGUUGCAGGAAACUGUUUGGAGGUACAUUGAAUUGUACAGUGCCACUAAAUGCAUUUCAUUG